UGGAGUGGAUUUGGAAAAGGUGGCAGAAAUGGCAAUGACAUCAUCCGCUUUGAAAGAGGAAGAGCUCAAGCUUGCUGUGUUUCAAAAUAGCAGUAAGCAGAGCCUCUUUUUUGACAGGAUAUUCAUGGAUGCAUAUGGAAAAGCAGAUGACAGGAUUGAUGAAGAAGAGUGGAAGGAAUACGUCACACAAAACCCUUCUCUACUGGAAAACAUGAUUCUUCCAUACUUGAUGUAUGUCCUAACCCCCAAGUCUACUUUCUGAGUAAAACCUUAUAUGGCAUUUGAAAUUUUCUUUCACAAAGCAACCAUGCAGCGUAAAUCAUUUGUAAUACACUCUUUCCCAUAACUUCUC